CUCGCCAGAUACCCGAAGAAGCAUCUCGUAAACGCGCGGCUGGGACAUCGAUUUGCCCUUGGUGCCACUGUCACCACCUACUCGUUCCCUGGCCAGCCAAAAUCGUCCAAGGGCGCGCCAUGCAGCAGUGCCCGGAGUUCGCGCAGCCCGGACCCGAGGUCCCCUUUCGAGGCGCACCGCAGUGCUACGCAUCGACAAGCUCCCACGUACAGCAAUCGCUACCCGCCCCGGCGAAUCUGGGCGUUGCGAUCUUUCCCCACUUUGACUCGCUCAUAGCGCGGCGGACUCUGGAGAAGCCGUCAGCAUUUGAUCAAUCACGAAUGCUUGGGCUCGACAGUUGGGUGCACACGGCGUUCUGGGUCGAUGCCUUUGAGCUCCACACCAGCGAUGCUCCUGCUUUGACGCGUGGCUUGGCGAGCGAGCCAAUGCGCGUCUGGUCAGAACCGUUCGGCGCUUGCAUAGGAAGCAACGGGGACCGCGCAUUCACGAUGGAUUACACUGCCUUCGGAAAUGGCGUCCGUGUCCAGCUCACAAUAGGCUCUCGGCUUGCUGCACAGCCAUGCAGAUGGCGGAGGGUGGGCGGACAGCUUGUAUAUGUCUGCGCCAAGCUGCGAAAAAAAAGCGGUGCUGGAUAAGCCGGCCGGUGAUAAGUGGCGACAGCUAGGUGGCGCCCACCUUAGGAGGGAUGGUCGUGCAUGGGUCGUCGCUAUCGCCAAGAUUGCACUUUCGCCUUCAUUCACAUUGGUCGGCGGUGAUGCAGUUGCGGCGAGAUCUCCGCGCACUUAGUCGUCAAAAGUCCGACGACUGCCAGACUGGACCAGCAUAUAUGGAUGAGAAUAGGCGUCGUCAAUUGGGUGAACCUUAUCACAUGUAGCGGUAGGCGUGCAGACUCGUGCGGUCGCCAGGACGAGGAGUCAGGAAACGUACCAAGGACGGUCGGUUGACAUACGGCGAAUUGUAGCGCAGUAGACGGGAACCCUGGCUGCGCGGCCACCGAUCGUAGAGUCGA